UUCGAAAUUCUCUUUCUAAAAUCCCCAAUGGGAGCAAAACAUUCAAAUAUUAAAGAGGAUCACACAAAAUUUCCUUUCUGGUGCGGUUAUUUGCCUGAUGCUGAUGCUUUGGAACUUUUAAAGAAUAAAAACGAAUUUAUGUUGCGAUGUUUAGAGAAUGAUUCUUUGAGUUUGACGCUUUAUGGUGGUCCUGCAAAGAUAUCUAAUUUCGUGCUUCAAAAGAAUAAUUCUGGAUGGCAUCUAGCAGGUCAAAAAUCAACUGAGCCAACAUCUAAAGAAUUGGUUGAAUUUUAUUGGUGCACAAAACAGGCAAUAAUUCUUAAAGGAGACUGUGACCGUUUGGAGGCUCCAAUUCUUCGCCCACAUUGGUUACUUUCUUCAGCAAAAGUCUGGUUUGGAGACAAACUUGGUGAAGGCGCCUAUGGAGUUGUCUAUAAAGGUGAAUUAAUGGAUGGUGGGACAGUUAUUGAUGUAGCUAUUAAACAAUUGGUUGGGAAGGAUAUGAAGAAAGAGCAGAUAGACAAUUUGUGGUCAGAGGCACGUAUAAUGACGGGAUUAAGAAAUGAACAUGUUAUCAGAUUUUAUGGAAUUGUUAAUGAUAGCAAGCCAUUCAGCAUUGUAUUGGAAUACAUCAAUGGAAAAGCUGUGGACAGUUUUUUAAGAGAGGAAGGAGCAGAUAGUGAUGAUAAAAUGCGAACAAAAAUAAUUCUUGGCGCUGCUAGAGGCAUGAAGUAUUUGCAUUCACAAAACCCUCCAUUUUUGCAUUUGGAUUUGGCUACUCGAAAUUUACUAAUUAAUUGGAAUGGACGUCAAAAGACAAUAAACAAUAUGGUUGUAAAGGUUGCCGAUUUUGGGUUAAGUAAGCGUGGCCAAAAACAUACAAUUGACACAGACCAACCAACAAAUCUUCGCUGGUUGGAUCCUGAUUCAUUUAGAAGCAAGUCUGUUGACAAAUUGACUGAUGUCUAUGCUUUUGGGAUAACACUUUUUGAAGUCUUCAAUCGUCCAUAUGAAUUUCCUUAUGCUAAAUGGAGUGCGAGAAAGGUCUAUGAACAAGUCAUUGAUGUUCCAAAAGCUAAAAGGAAGAGAUUAAAUAAGCCUGAAGGAAUGCCCGUUACUAUUGGUAAUUUAAUGGAAGCAUGUAUGAAAUUUGACGAUAAAAGGGAUGAAAGGCCUACAUUUGAACAAAUUGAGAAAAUUGUUGAUAAUAUAUAUAGGAAGAUGUAA